AUCUGAGCCCUGCUUUCCACACGGUCAAGCCUUUCAGAGGCAGCCAGCCUAUGGCUUGUAUCAAACUCUAUAUUUAGGAAGAACAACUGUGAGCUAUGACAGGAAUUCUCUUUAACACUUUAGCCUUAAAGCAAGUUCCCCUCUAGCCCGAGCCAGGAGCAGCUCUCAGGACCGGAGAGGGACAGAGCACUCCAGCUAUUUCAGCCACAUGAAAAGCACUGGAAUUGAGAUCCCCGCUCAGAGGCUACCGGGAGUUCCUUCUACCCUGUAAAGCGGUUUGUGUUUUUGCACCCGGCCGCCUGGGACUGUCCUCAGGCAGUAAACCAAUCCAGAGAGCAGGGCUAAGACCUUGUGAAUAUGUCGAAGCAGCCAAUUUCCAACGUCAGAGCCAUCCAGGCGAAUAUCAAUAUUCCAAUGGGAGCCUUUCGUCCAGGAGCUGGGCAGCCUCCCAGAAGGAAAGAGAAUACUCCUGAAACUGAGGAGGGAGCUCCUGCCACCUCAGAGGAAAAGAAGCCAAUUCCUGGAAUGAAGAAAUUUCCGGGACCUGUUGUCAACUUGUCUGAGAUCCAAAAUGUUAAAAGUGAACUGAAAUAUGUCCCCAAAAGUGAACAGUAGUUGAAAGGAAGCAAAAGUUCACAUUGGAUGCUUAGAAUCAGGAGAUACCUUUCAUUGACGUGUUUUUCCAAGGGAGAAAACAAUGGGUUGAAAUAAACAACUUCCUGAAAAUUUUAUAUAUUUGUAUGAUGAUCACGAACCUCCUGAAUGCCCAAGACUCUAGCAACAAUAUCCUGUUUGUACAUUUAUAUUUCUUCCUUUUACUUGGUUGCAUUUCUCACUUUAGCUACAUUUUUGGCACCUUGCAGAGCAAAUCAGCACACGAAUUUACCACCCGGGGAGUGUGGUUUUGAGGAGAGAUGUGAUUUUUAUGGAGGGGGUAUGGCAAUGUGCACGCAGUGAUUUUGAUGUUAAGUACUUUAAGUUACUUCCCAUGGUCUUUUGGUCAAUAUUUGAAAUGUCUUCUUCACCUUUUAAAUUAUCUCAAUUAACUUUUUAUGAGUUCAAAUAAAUAUUUGAGUAAAUGUAACAUAUGAAUCUUUAUCAAAUUAAUUUUCUUACCUUCAGAUCUACAUGUUCCCUAAAGGAGAGAGAAAUAUGAUGUACCAGGCAGUCCAAUCCCAUAUUGCCUAUGUGGGGACUUCUGAGUUAUUAGGUACCAUGGAAAACACUACGGCUGGCUGAUCAUUACAUAUGAGCUUAAAUAUUACAUGGGUAAUUUUGUACUGAUGUUACUUCCCAUCCGAGGAUGACCUGGACAUUGAACGCAGUUUUGUUCCAUGAAGGAUCAGAAAUCUUAUAUUCCAGAUGAAACAGAGUUCAUUUUAAGACCCAGCAAAGCUGAGUGAUAGGAACAGAAGAGAGGAUUGAUCACACAAUAGCCGUGCAGAGGAAGCAAACUGUACAUCCUGCCAAGAUGGAGAUUUAUCCAGACAGCAGUGCCGGCCUGUAAUACUAACACUUGUAAACUUAGGCAACACGAUCACUAGGUCAAAGACAGCCUGGGAUACAUGUCAAGGCCCUGAAUCAAAGA